CCUGGAGGCUGCCGCCGCGGCGGCGCCGCGCCCGGGCAGGGAGCGCGUUCCGGCGGGCCGGGCCGAGAGAACGCACGGGCGCGCCGGGGCGGGCUGGCCGACGGAACCAGCGGCGCCGUCGCGGGGCGCCAGGGCGGGGGGCCCGCGGGCGCCCCGCGCGCCAGUGCCGGGCGGCGCGGGCGAAGCGGGGCAGCUGGAGUGGCAGCUGGGGCUCUGGGGGGCCUCUGGUGGUGCUUGGAGAGCGCAGCGCCGGCGCGCACCUCACGCGGGGGGCGCAGCUCCAGCCGCAGCUCCCGUGGAGCCGGUCUCUUCGUCAGGGUCUGGGCCUGGUCUUGCUUACUUUUCGGUCUGAGCUCGACCGUCUCUGGAUGGAAUCUGGUGAGGAGGGGGGCUACAGUGCGACCCCGUGCCCGAGCGACCUCUUGGCGCGCGGGUUUUUGUCGCGAAGCGGCGCGGGGCACGACGCGAGCCGCUGCGGCCGCCUCUGCCGCCGACCCCAUAGUGGGAGGCCAGUGUGCGCUCUGCUCUGCGACUGCGCGACACGUGAUAGGCGAGGCGCGGGCCCCGUUGUACCGCGCGCACAGUGGUAGGCUACGGACCCAUGCGGACCCCACAAAUCGCGUUCGCAUCACUCUGUAUCACAGUGACUCCUCCUGCCACUCGCUCAGCGGGUUACUUCUUGCCUCCUAACACACUUGCCCAUCAUAUUUUUUCAGCCGA